AUGUCAUCCGACUAUGAUACGAGCGGCUAUGAUGUCGCAAGCAGUCGUCGCGAGCGACCAUGGCAGUUUCUAUUGAAUCGCAAGUUGCGGCAUCUGCAAGGCGUCUCAGUCCGCAACCUGACUAUCACGCCCCCAAAUCGGGCCCGCGGAAGGACUAUUGACGACGAUGACAUUCCCAACACUCUGAAGUCGCCAGCCAAGAUUCUGGCUCAAGCUGACAGUCGGCCUGUGCAACAUUCGCGGUCAUAUUCGGAUCUGAAAUUAUCACCAUCGAAGUCGCCAGUGAACCUGACGAGCAGCGACAAUGAGAACACUCACGAUGCGCGACGCAUUCACAGGAGGAGCACUUUACCCUGGAGUGGGGGCAAUCUCGACUCCAGGCAGGUCAAACUGGAAGACAUCACGAGCAGCCGAAUGGUAGACACGUGGUUUUCAAUCCAUUGCGAUGGCAUUGACAGCCCGGUCUACAUCAGCGAGGUUGUCGAGAAAACAACCAACCCAAGUUUCCGUUUCUUUGAUCUAAACGCCUGCGGCCCCCAUGUUUCACGAUUGGAUGAGAUGACACUUAAAUUAUGGGUGAAAUCAGCGAAUAUGAGCGAAUAUAUUCUCCUGGUGGAACUCCAACUUAGUCUCAGGUCCCUGCAGUUCGUGGGCAAGACGCUUGAGAACUUCCACCAGCCGCUUCCACCUAACUCUGUUCUCUUCCAUUUCGCUGAUGGCAUCUAUACCAACUUAACUGACCUUCCACCCGUGCAACCCGCGUCUUCGGCGAAGGCACCGGAGGGAAUUUCUUCACGGGGUGACGUCCAGCCUACUUCUUCUUAUGAUGCACUCAUGCGACUGGCGAAUCUGGACGACUGCAUUCAGGACGCCCUCGCGACGAGGGAGAGAUUGGAGGCACAGAUCAACGCGAUUCUCGAGAAGAAUCAAGGAGCUUUGGAGACCAUCAGCCAGGCUUCCCAGGCGCAGGAGAAGAUCUCCCUCACCAGACGCGCCAUCGCAGCAGAGAAGAAGCAGUUACGGGCAACUAUCAAACGCAAAGAAGAACUGAUUUCGAGCAUCAACGCGAGGAAGAAUGCAAUGGCCCAUGGCCGUGAGAGCCAGGAUAAGGCUCGCAGUCAUCUUCCGGAUGCCCAGAUGAAGUUGGCUUCGAGCGCCAGUUUACUAGAGAAGAACACCGAAGAAUCUAAAGGACAGAUUCACCGCAUCUGCGAGGAUCUUCUCGCGAUCUAUCCCAUCGAGCCGAUCCCGGGGAAGGCGCUCGCAUUUACCAUUGCGGGACUGGCUCUUCCCAACUCCACCUUUGAAGACAUUGAUCGGGAUGUCGUGGCUGCUGCCCUUGGAUAUACGGCACACUUGGUCUACCUCCUCUCGUUCUAUCUGUCUGUUCCUAUCCCCUAUCCGGUUAAACCGUAUCUUUCGCAUUCCAUCAUCCACGAUCCCGUGUCGGUUGCUUUGCCGCAAAGGACCUUUCCUCUAUAUCCAGUGAAUGUCCAAUAUCGGUUCGAAUACGGCGUCUUUCUGUUGAAUAAGGACAUUGAGUUUCUCAUGAAUCGUCGAGGAUUGCGACCUCUCGAUAUUCGCCAUACGUUGCCUAAUCUGAAGUAUUUACUUUAUGUCCUGACUUCCGGGACAAGUGAGCUCCCAGCCAGGAAAGCAGGUGGUGUUCGCGGUCUGCUCAUGGGCCGUCAGACGCCCACGCUGUCGAGGCAAGGUAGCGAAGACAGUAUCGCCAGCGGCGAGCUUGUCAAUCCGCGGAAAUUUUCGAAUACGCUUUUGAAAGCACCCGCCAACAGCGAUGCCGAUAAAGGCAAAGAGCCGGCUACAGAUUCUAUGCACACGUUUGUCGCAUCAUCCACUAAUACGAUUUCUCCUGCUCGGACGAGUGUGGGUGGAGCAUCGUGA